AUGGCUGACAAAGUAAAUGAAGACAAACAUCCCGUUGAUGAAAAUCAAAUGCUUCCUUUAUUACCACCAACGUAUAGUCAUACAGUUGGACUUGAUGCUUUACGAACAAUCGAUACUUUGAAAAUAAAGCAAAUUCCGUUGAUAGCUGAAAUCAUAUGCGGUUUUCCUUCGCAAGCAAAAUUCGAUAUUUUCAACGAACGAAAUGAAAGACUAUUUGAAGCCAUAGAAACAUCAUCAUUUUGGCAACGAUUAUGUUGCACAACUAGACGACGUUUUACAUUACGUAUUGUUAAUAAUCUUAACCAAGAUAUUGUUCUAAUGAGACGUGAAUUCAAAUGUUGUUCAGGAUGCUGUUGGUGUGCCAAUGCGCAAUGUUGUAAGCAAGAAUUAACUGUCGAAUCACCACCGGGAGUUGUCAUUGGAAUUGUCUCACAAAAAGGAAGUUGUUGGCGACAUACAUUUGAGAUUAAAGAUGUAAAUGAUACGACUAUGUUUACAUUGGUUGGUCCAGUAUGUAUUUGCGACGGACUAUUGACAUGCUGCUGUGAAAAUAAGUUUACUUUGAUUGGCACAGAUGGAAUCACAGAAAUUGGAGCUAUUUAUAAGCAAUAUCGUGGUCAUCUACAAGAAGCAUUUUCAAGCGCUGAUGCAUUUUUACUCAAAGUUCCGAUAGAUCUCGAUGUGAAAAUGAAAGUAGUCACACUUGGUGCAGUUUUUCUUAUCGAUUUCAUGCUUUUUUCAACGGCGCCAAACAACAAUAACUAA